CUCGGGCUCUGUGCCGCUGAUUGCACGGGCUGUUUUCGAAAGGAAACAGGGGACUUGCUAGACCUGCCCUUGCGAAGAGCCAGGGCUGAGCUCUCCCAGGAAGCUGCUCAAGCAACAGCCUCCACCCGCCGUCCCACGGACUCUCCAGCUGAUGAAGACAAAAUUUUUUGCACGCAUGUGUUAAUUGUGAAAUGGAUUUUCCAGGUUCAACACCAUUUAAUGAAGAGCAUAGACACAGCCUCUCAAGACAUAUUUUUCCAAGUUGUGCUUGUGCCUUUUUGGAUGAUGAUCCUGCCUAUGAGUGCUCCACAGAUCCUCUGACAGGCUCCCUUCCUACAUGCCGCCGCAGCCCUCGACUGCUUUCUAAUGGUUAUUAUGUUCUGCCAGAAGACAGUUUUCUGUCUGAUGAAGAGGGCAACAUAACACUGGCACCAUCCCUCACCAGUGUUACAUAUAAAGAGAAUUUAGUUCGUGUAUUCAGGCGAAGGAAGAAAAUCCGACGCUCUCUUGACAGCUUGUUCAGUCUCAGUGCCUCCAGCUCAUGGCUCAGCUCCACCAUUCCCAGCAGGAUGGAUUUCUCCCAUGUAGAGGAUCCUUGUCCUGAUGGAUGUAGUAAACUAGAAGCCAGUCACAGAGAUAUUGGUGAUUCAGACUUUUCUUCUGAAUAUAAUAACCAUGUGUCACAAAGGCAAAUUCCAGCAUCUAAUGGAGCAUUUCUCACCAAAGAUGAUGAGUUUCUUCAUUUUGAGGAACCAUUUUGUGCUACAAAAUCCUGCUCUUCAUUUAUGAGAAAUGCAAAUGAAGAGAACUGGAGCAAUGCAGAAUCCAGGACAGUGCAAAAUGUCGUUUCUCAGAUGGUUGCACUGAUCAUGUGUUUAAUCAUUUCAGUAUGUACAAGAUAUUUUCUGGGAGGACUGUCUGCCAUUUUGUUGCUGAUGAUUUUAGUUUUUCUUUUGUCCCAAUAUGCUGCUGUGUCCUCUUUCUUCAGUCUUGAUACAUUUUUCAAAACAACUAAGUUUUGAGAAUAAUAAGAAAUAAAGAACAAUUGGUGAGUUCAUGUUUAAGUUUAGAAAAAAUUUCACAGUUUUGGGAUGAGUCCUAUUAUGGACCCCUGAACAGGGUCCAAACAUACUAGAAAGGUUCCAUGGACUUUUCAUUAAAAGAAGGUUUGGCUACAGGACCCUUGCCAGUUUUCACUGCGAAUUACUCCAUUUCGAUGUCUACAACUCCUUUUUUAUUGCAUUUGGAUUAUAUAUUUUCUUUCUGUUGUCUGGCAGCAGUCUAAAUAGUGUAAGCUGUUAACAAUUGCUGUGCUUCAGCCCAGAGAAAACAUGUUUUUCAGUAACAGGCAAAACAAGUCUUCCUUUUCCCAAGUGUGAACUGAACAGCAGGACCAGGUGCUGUCUGUGCUGCUCUGAGCUGGUUGCAUUCCACUGAAGCAGUGAAGCAGUAUCAACAUGACUCGGUCCAGAAUAUCUGAAAAGCACUUAGACAUUCUUCUAUUCCCUAUUCUUUUUCCUCAUGCUCACACUCCAGUUCCUGUUUAUCAAGCAUUUCUAAGCCUUGCUGCAGCUCAAAGCCUUAAAAGAAGAGCACUGAUUUAUUUGUACUUGGAGUUGGUCAUCCCAGUCCUGGCUCUGUUAUUCCCUUUAUGUCUUUACUUUGUACAGUUAAAAAUAAAAAGAAGGAACCAAGUGGAGCUGUGCCAAGUUUGUGUUCCUUAUAGUAUAGAUAGAACAGCCUUCUUCAUCAGUUUCCUGGUUGAGCGCAGUUCAGCUUCUGAGAUCUAAAGGCAUCUGCACAGCUGCAGACACAACCUGGAAAACCUUUCUUUCAGCUUUUAGAAAGAGGGUGUUACUCCUGAGAACAAAGCAUUUUAGAGAGGAGUGCAGGCAUUUGAUCACUUUGCCUAUGGUGACAAAAUGUCCUACUCACAGCGUGCCAAGCUGGGAGCGCCAUGUAUGGCACUUGUUAAAGUCAGUGGAACUGUUUAUGUAAGGGCUGAAACACCAGAGCUUCAAAGUGCACUCUGGUUUUGAAAGCCACUGUAAGUAUUAACCAAAGCAGGUGCAACAGGAUGGAGUAGAGAACUUGGCACUUGUUGUGUGGCAGGACUAAAGUAAACACAGAGUGACACAGGUAACUGCAAGACAGGACCUUCCACAGUUCAAAACAUGCUUGUCUCUUGCACUUCAUAAAAACUUAAAAGCAGAGUUGUUACAUCUGUGCAUUUUGAAAUGAGUUCAAUGAUAGUUUUCAUUUUUCCUCCUCUUCCAAUUAAUUUUCAUCAGCUCUUCAGCAUCCAACUCCUGGAUGGCCAUGGUUACACACUCCUGUGGGAAAAAAAAAUAAUA